AUGAGAGGGCUGAACAGAGCAAUGCUUCUAAGCAGAGCCCUAAGAAGCAAUUCCACCGCCGUGUCAGGUGCAAUUGCCACCCUUCACGGAGUGGUUCCCCAUGGCACGAACACCCUAAGGAGCAGCGAUCCUUCGGUAUCUAGCAGUGUUACUGGGUUUCGAUACGUUUCUGCUUCUGCUUCUGCCACGUCUAUGGCCCAUGACACCCAGACAAAGGCCUUCAAGCCCAAAGAACUUGUCCUCUUUCAGUACCAGGCCUGUCCAUUCUGCAACAAGGUUGCAGCGUUUCUGGACUAUUACGAUAUUCCGUUCAAAGUGGUUGAGGUGAAUCCUAUCAACAAGAAGGAGAUCAAAUGGUCCGACUACAAGAAGGUGCCCAUCGUCACUGUUGACGGUGAACAAAUUGUUGAUUCUUCAGACAUAAUUGAUAAGUUGAUCAAACGGAUACAUCCAGAUUAUGACCUAAAUGCAGAAGAAGAGAAGAAGUGGCGAGAGUGGGUGGAUAAUCACUUGGUGCAUGUCUUGUCACCAAAUAUAUAUCGAAAUGUUCCUGAAGCUCUUGAAUCAUUUGAUUAUAUCACUACCCAAGGAAAUUUCAGUUUGACUGAGAGGUUAGUGGCAAAGUAUGGUGGGGCUGCAGCUAUGUAUUUUGUGUCAAAGAAAUUGAAGAAGAAACACAACAUCACUGAUGAGCGUGCAGCACUUUAUGGUGCUGCGGAGCAAUGGGUUGAUGCUUUGAGGGGCCGGAAAUUUCUUGGUGGGUUGGAUCCUAAUUUAGCAGAUCUUGCUGUGUUUGGUGUCCUAAGACCCAUCCGCCAUCUCAAGUCAGGUAGAGAUAUGGUAGAGCACACCGGGAUUGGGAAAUGGUUUUCUGAAAUGGAUCGUGCCGUAGGAAAGUCUUCUAGGGUUAGUGAACAAAGCUAG